UCCGCACCACAUACAAACAGGCCUCACGCCUCCUGCGCCUUCGAACUCGUCUCAUUUUCCCGCCCAGGGGGUCGUGACGCAGGAGCGCGCGUGCCGAGGCCCCGCCCCUUCUCGUUCCCCGUCCUUUCGCUUUCCUUCUCGGCUUCCAUCGCUUCCUGAGGCGAGCCGGCGCCGGCCUGGAAGGAGGCAUGUCCCGCCCGAGCAGUGUUUCUCCGCGGCCCCCGGCCCUCAGCGGUCCCUCCAUGGCUGCCACCUCCUCCUCCAGCUCCUCCCGCGGCCGGUCCAAGGGGCUGAAGGACAUCCGCAUCGAUGAAGAGGUUAAAAUCGCCGUCAACAUCGCCCUGGAGCGGUUCCGAUACGGAGACCAGCGAGAAAUGGAAUUUCCUUCAUCCUUCACAAGUACUGAAAGAGCAUUCAUUCAUCGAUUGAGUCAGUCUCUUGGUCUGAUUUCUAAAAGUAAGGGGUAAGUCAAUAUCUUGUGAAGCAAUGCUAUUUCCAUUUGCAUGC